CCUGUCAAGAGCAGAAUACUAUUCCGGCAGUUUGAUGCUGGAACAUGGAAAUGCGACGAAAAUCCUAGUAAUAAAUUAAUGGAGUCGGAACAAUUUAAAUAUUUAUCCUCUGCCUGGAUUCCUCGUGUUUACUGUUGGACUGGUGCAGUGCCGUCUAAUAAAACGUGAUGCAUCUAAUCGUAACGUUGUAGCCAAAGGAUAGGCUUUGAAAUUCUACAUUUACAAUUGUGUUUACAGAACUAAGCCUAUCCUCAGUCAAAAUGGCGGACUUAGAGGCAGUUCUAGCAGAUGUGAGCUAUCUUAUGGCUAUGGAAAAGAGUAAAUCUACUCCAGCAGCCAGAGCCAGUAAGAAAAUAAUUCUACCGGAUCCGAGUGUUCGGAGCGUCAUGCACAAGCACUUGGAGAAGAUGGGUGAGGUCACGUUUGACAAAAUAUUCAACCAAAAAUUAGGUUACCUACUAUUCAAAGAUUUUUGUGAAAAUGUCUUUGACGAACCAGUGCCACAAUUAAGCUUCUUCGAAGAGAUCAAAAGGUACGAAAAGCUAGAGACGGUGGAGGACCGGCGGCAGGCGGCUCGAGAAAUAUAUGACAACUUCAUCAUGAAGGAGCUCCUUUCCCACACCCACGGUUAUUCCAAAGAAGCCACAGCCCAUGUACAAAAGUAUUUGAUGAAAAAUGAAGUUCCAGUUAAUUUAUUUCAGCCAUACAUAGAAGAAAUUUUUAGUUUACUAAGAGGUGACAUUUUUAGUAAGUUUAUUGAAAGUGAAAAAUAUACGAGGUUUUGCCAAUGGAAAAAUUUAGAGCUUAACAUACAAUUAACAAUGAACGAUUUCAGUGUUCAUCGAAUCAUCGGGCGAGGUGGGUUCGGUGAAGUUUAUGGUUGUCGGAAGGCUGAUACCGGAAAAAUGUAUGCAAUGAAGUGUCUUGACAAAAAAAGAAUUAAAAUGAAACAAGGUGAAACAUUAGCACUAAAUGAAAGGAUAAUGUUAUCACUUGUCAGUACUGGGGAAGACUGUCCUUUUAUUGUCUGUAUGACAUAUGCAUUUCAAACUCCAGAUAAAUUAUGUUUUAUCUUGGACUUAAUGAAUGGUGGUGAUCUCCACUAUCAUCUUUCUCAGCAUGGAGUCUUCACGGAACAGGAUAUGAGGUUCUAUGCAGCUGAAGUGAUAUUAGGUCUUGAACACAUGCAUAAGCGUUUUGUGGUUUACCGUGAUCUUAAGCCUGCAAAUAUUUUACUUGACGAACACGGACAUGUCCGCAUCUCUGACUUAGGUCUUGCUUGUGAUUUUUCAAAAAAGAAACCACAUGCUAGUGUGGGAACACAUGGUUAUAUGGCACCUGAAGUAUUAUCAAAGGGAACUGCUUAUGACUCAAGUGCAGAUUGGUUUUCCUUAGGUUGUAUGUUGUACAAGCUACUUAAAGGUCACAGCCCAUUCAGGCAGCACAAAACAAAAGAUAAGCAUGAAAUUGAUAGGAUGACACUGACGAUGAAUGUGGAAUUGCCUGACAGUUUUAGCAUUGAACUGAAAAAUCUUUUGGAAGGUCUGCUUCAAAGGGAUGUGGACAAAAGGCUUGGUUGUAAGGAGCAGGGGGCUGAUGAAGUAAAAGAGCACCCGUUUUUUGCGGGUCUCGACUGGCAGCUAGUUUACCUCCAGAAGUACCCUCCUCCCCAUGUACCUCCCAGAGGAGAAGUCAAUGCAGCUGAUGCAUUUGACAUUGGUUCAUUUGACGAAGAAGACACCAAAGGAAUUAAGUUGACCGAUGCUGAUCAAGAGCUAUACAAAAAUUUCCCUGUGGUCAUAUCUGAAAGGUGGCAGCAAGAAAUUGCAGAAACAGUGUUCGAAACUAUAAACCAAGAAGCAGACAAAGUAGAACAAAAGAAAAAAGCCAAAAUGAAGAUGAAAUUUGAUGAUGAAAAAGAAUCAGAUUGCAUUAUCCAUGGUUACAUCAAAAAGUUGGGUGGACCUUUUGCGUCAGCGUGGCAGACUCGUUACGGGAAACUUUAUCCUAAUCGGUUGGAGCUUCAUACAGAAUCGAGCAGUACCAAACCAGAACUAAUAUUUAUGGACCAGAUAGAAGAUGUAGUAUCUGAAUAUGUGAUGGUUAAAGGAGAACAGUGCAUUGUAUUAAAAAUGAAAGUUGACAAAGAGCGAGAUGCAAAAGUUGUACUUACAAACCCUGAUGAAAUUGGUUUAAAAGAAUGGUUGACUUCUUUAAAAUCUACGUAUAAAAAUUCCUUAGAACUGCUGGCUAGCAUGGCUAAAAAAGCUGGCAAAAUUUAUGGUACAGAGACUAACAAUAGGAAUAACAUUGUAACUCGCAAUACCAAUGGAAAUUGAGAUAUUUCAAAAUUUUUACUGAAUCUGGUGCCAUGAGGACCCAGUGCUCAUCUGUAUGAAUUAAAUAACAACAUUUUAUAAACAGUACCUUUAGCAUGGAAAGUGAAAAAAAAAAUUAUUAUUACAAUGCAACAAAUUGCAUGUCCAUUCUUUUUGAGUUCUUUCACCUCGCUCGACGAGCUGAGAGGUUGCAAUUCGCACGGGUUCGGACAAUUUUUCUCCUUCAUGCGCUGCUUCCUGUAAAGAAAAGAAUUAAUUCUGUUAUCCAGAACAUUUCGUGUAGAUAGAGAAAUCUGCAGUUUAGAGGCCCACGUGGGACUAAGGCAGCACAGGCAAGUGGGCCAACCAUAAAACAUCAGCUGGUCUGAUUUUAUGUCUGGUACGCCGUGGCUGUUGGCUUCGAUGACCGAUAUCUGGCUCCACUGUUUUAUUUAACAGCGGUGGAUUUAGCUUCCAAAAACUGCACAUAGUUGCAUAGGAUUUUUAAAAUGUUUGCUGAAGAAACUCAAUCACUUGAAACUGUAAUUAUGUCAAUAUAUUAAUAUAUUAUAUCCUUCAGUUGAAAUUCAUGUAACGGUUCAUAGCAAGGGUGGCCAGCCUUCAAAAUAUUCACUACUUACUAGGGUUCAAAAGAUACCCUACAAAAGUUAAGAGCUCUUUUUAAACGUUUUAUGUGAACUUUUGGUAAUUUUUGUGUCAAUUUAUUCUAUUAGUGCACCUUGAAAUAAGAAAUAGCCCUACAAAUAAAAUUAUUUUAUGCUUCAAAAUGGUUUUUAAAUUCUUGCACCUUUGCAAAAACUAUGAUUCAACUGAAAAAAUUAUGUUUCAGUUAUUUUGUCUGUUAACUUAAUGUCAAAAACGGAAGGCUGAAAAAAUAGGUCUAAAAAAUUAGACUUGACACAAAUUAAUUUCAAAAAAUUGUAUUAUCCAUUAAGUAAAAAAAGCAAUACAAAAAAAAAAGCAACUUUGUAGUAAAAUUUUCCUUUGAGUGUUAAAUAAAUGUAGUAAAAACAAAAUUAUAAUGUACAAAAAUACAAAAUGCUUUGUGGGUUACAACACUAUCAUUAUAUUCAAAUCUAAAUUGUGCCAUUAUAUUACUCUAAUAACAUGUAAUAUUUUCUAUAUAAUGAAAAUAAUGUUUAGAUUUUUACUUAAAAUGUUUCCAAAAUUUUGUUAAUUUUAUGUGUCUAUUAUUUCAAAUAAGUAUGAUUUCUUUUGUUUAUAAUUGGACACAGUUAUUGAAUUCCUUAUUCAAAAGCAAUUUUUCACUACUAAGCACUUCUUUGUGCUGGAAACCUUUUUUUCUCUCCUGAAAUUGGACACUUAGAAAAUACUAUUGUAUACAAAAUUCAGGACAAUGAUUUAAUGAACAAAAUACAUUUUUGAACAGUAGCAAAUUCUAUAUAAUCUUUACUAAUAAUAAAGCAGAAAGUCUGGAUGUCUGUGACACACAUAGCACCUAGACCGUUCUGCCUAACUUUCAUGAAAUUUGGCACAAAAUUAGUUUAUAGCAUGGAAGUCUGCACCUUGAAGCGAUUUUUCGAAAAUUCAAUUUUGUUCUUUUUCUAUUCCAAUUUUAAGAACAUUUUAUCGAGCAAAUUUUCAUAACAUGGACAAGUAAAUUAUCAUAACAUGGGAGACUAAAUUAUCAUAAUGCCAAAUUACCAUAACGUGACGAGCAAAUGAACAUAGCAAAUUCAUCAUCUAUUAUUUUUAAAUAUACAAGCGAACCAAAUGACCUUUUAAUUUUCUACUACGAGCAAAGCUGUACGGGUACCGCUGGUAUCUUAUGUUUCGGAUAUGAAGUGUAUGGCCACUCUUGAUAGCUUCCUCUUUGUCUAAGAGCUCACAAGCAAAAUUCUGCGUCAAAAGCUGAAAUAGUGCAAAUCGGACGUUGCGACCAAAGUCCACCGCUGCUUGUUACUAGAUGACCUGUUCGACUCGGCUCGGAAAAUUAUUUUGUAUAGCUGUUCGAGUGUAGCUCUUCAAUAUGUUUGCCUUCCCACGAGCACCUUUUUUCCACUCUGUCUUUCGAACGGAGACGGUCUUUCCUCCCAUCGUGUCUGUGGCAGCCGUGUGUCCGUGAGGUAGCUCUCAAAGUAAGCACAUGCCAAAAUGGAGAGUCACGUCGGAGAAAGCGAAUGUCUUCUGUAAAAGAAGAAGAAAAUAUGAAACUGUCCUGCAUGGUCGAUUGCUGUGUUUAGACUUAUAGGCUCUUCAAAUUUGUAAUUUACUUAAGAGUAUAAUUUCUGUAACAUUUUUACCACUGUGAGUCAAAGUACCUAUAGUGUAUAAAUAUACUGAAAGUGUGUACUAAGAUCUAGUGUCUUUGAAUUUGUUGACUUGUUUUUAUGUUUGAGUUAGUUUUGGCAGGGCUCAUUCUAGGAAGAGGUAGUGGAAUUUUCCCACGAAUCCACAUCAGGGGUUGAAAUUUGGGGUGGGAUUCCCAAUAAAAAUUCUUUGGUUCUCACUUUGGAAAAGUAUUAUUAAAGCCCAUACAUGGUUAAUUUCACAGGUUUUCAACUAUUCAUCACAUUCUAAAAUGCAGCGAAAUAAACAUGAGCAAUUGAUAAGAAUUCAAUAAAGUUGCAGAAAGUACAAAUACAAAAGUGACAGCUAGCAACAGGCUCUGGACCCAGCUAGGCUGAUUCUAGUCAGUUUAUAAGUCCCCAAUGAAGAUCAAUGGCCCUCUUAAAGCUAUCCACCUCCUUGCUCAUAAAUAAUAAUAAAUAAUAAAUAAAGCUAGACAUCAAACAUAAAAUUUUAGAAUUAGAGAAAUACAUGAAAAAUUUGAAAUAGUGGUUUACUAUUGUUGCUUUAUCUUCUUCUCAAGAAUUUAGGAUACUUCCUUUUUAUAAUGCUUCAAAGGAAGCUCCCCCCUCUCUCCCCUAAGACCCAUCGUUUUGGGCUUGCGUUUGAUGUUUUUUCCCCUUUAAAUUGCAUUGAUUUCAUACCCUUUGCCACCAUGAAAAGCUUUGAAAUGACGGGCCAGCCCCCCUUCACCUCAAAAUUUUAUUUUUAUCCCCUGCAUGUAUAAUGAAGCUUUUUAAUAAUGGCAAUCUCUAUUUUAAAAUGGUAAGAUUUUUUUUUCUAACAAUGAGUUGCCUGUUUACAAAAAAAAAAAAAAUAA